ACACCAACCAAUGGCUAUCUUCGUUCGCUCGCAAGUCUGAGUCAAUCCAUGGAGGCGAAACGGUUGAUUUUUGGCGCGGAAUUGUGGACGUUUUGAAUGGAGCAAUUGACCGGGCGAGGAACCGAUUUUGCAGGCUGACAUGUCUACUACUACCCAGCUGAAAUUAUCUUAUUGGUAAUUCCAGGUGGGUGAAACUUAACUUCAUCUCUCUUUAUAAGGACUAAAAACUCUUUAAGGAAAAGCCUGCGGUUUUCUUGCUGAAAAGAUCCUCUUUGCGACUGUCCUGCGAUCUGUUUUUAAAACAAUGACCCAGACAAAAGAUGACAAUGAGCUGGAAAUACUUGAAAAAGAAAUAAGGGAAUUCAGGACUACGUUCAAAACCACUUGUUAUGGUGGAUCCAUUGACCAGACGCUGGGGCUAAGAGAUCAGUGGCUAAAAUCUAUAAGCAAACUUACAGAUAAAUGGUCUAUGAGAUUAAAGGAAGGGGACCUAAUGAUUAACAGAUUUCAGGAAUAUACAAAUGAGUUGAACCAGAAGAACAAAUCCAUUGAAGAAAAACAGGAGAAGCUAUCAGAAGUUCUUGCUAGCAUCAAAGAUGGAGAAGAACAAAAUUCAGACUUAACGGACACUAUUCAAGAGCUCAAGGAGAAGUUGAUCAGGAUAGGGGAAACUAAAAGUAAAGCCACAGAAGAAAAGAUGGAAAGACUUAGCAAGGUUGAAAAGACAUUUAAAGAACGGACUGGGCUAGAAAUACGGAAAACCAGUGCUAAUCAUCUGCAGUUUAUAUUCCGCCGUAUUGACCACAAAGAUCCUGACAAGCCAUACAUAUGUACCCUUUCCCUAAAUGAAGAGGGAGCCUAUGAAGUGAUCUCCUGUUCCCCUCCCUUGGGCUGCAUAGAAGAACUGCAGUUAAAAGUGAGAGAAACCAACAACUUUUCUGCAUUCAUUGCUAACAUUAGGAAAGCCUUCAUUGCUUUGUCAUACAAGUGAUGUCUUGAAAUACUGGUAAACCUGCCUUCGUACUGAUUUUGAGCGUUUACUUGGGGAGAGAAUAAAGAGAUUUAUUGGAUACAAUAGAA